CCGCUAACUGUUCUCUCACUCUUGUCGCACUCACCUCGAUUGCUCCGCACAUUCCAGCAUAGCAUAGCAAAUUGAAUUGAUCUCGCAAAAUACCCUCCACAACUACAUCCGCGAAUCCAUCCACUCACAAUGGCCGUCGACGUUGCUACCCCCUCUUCGCCCGUCCCGAUCCCUGAAUUGACCAAGAUCGCCACCGAGGCCUGCGACACCUCCCUCAAAGAAGUGACCGAAUACGAGCACACCAAAGUCGGCGAAUGGAACUCCCAAAUCAUUAACACCAUCCUGAAAUCCCUCAUCACCGCCACCGCGCCCUCUAGUCCUUCUACCGCCCCUCCCUAUCGCUUCACCGUGAACAGCACCAUCGUGCAACAAGGUCUGAUCGACAAGUCUGCUGCCGCCGACGGCGCAGCCAGCAACACCGGUAAGCGCGGGAUGCACUCGGCGUCCGGAGCCUUCUGGGAUGUCAACCGCGAUGGCAUGUGGACGUUCAAGUAUCCAGGUGCGGAGGAGCGCGGGCUGGAUGUUGUUGUUAGUGUGACGUGGUUUGCGUUGGGGUAGGCGAGAGUGUCGUUGGGGUUUGGGGGGUUUUCUAUAUAGAGUAAUGAAUGGAAGGGUGUUUAUGAGAUUCUUUUCUUUAUUUUGGGUGUGUUUUUAUGGUUGG